CGAGCACUCGUCAAGCUGCCGGGGCCGACGGGCUGAGAGGAGCCGGGCUGGCGCGGCGCAGGCAGGAAGGGGCGAGGAGCUACGAAGAGUCCGACGCCUGGUGCUCCGGGCUUUCUGCGAGCUAUGAAACCUACGUAGUGGGACAUCAUGCUGCUUCUCCCAUAGGGCGUGUGAUGAGGAGCAGAGUUUGGCUUUGGAGUGCUCGGAACCAGAGGAAUUGCCGAGGACUCGGAGCCCAGCCCUGACCACUAGAGAGCCCACAACACAAUGAACAAAUUGAAUUUCCAUAACAACAGAGUCAUGCAAGACCGCCGGAGUGUGUGUAUUUUCCUUCCCAAUGAUGAAUCUCUGAACAUCAUCAUAAAUGUUAAAAUUCUGUGUCACCAGUUGCUGGUCCAGGUGUGUGACCUACUCAGGCUAAAGGACUGUCACCUCUUUGGACUCAGUGUUAUACAAAAUAAUGAACAUGUCUAUAUGGAGUUGUCACAAAAGCUGUAUAAAUAUUGUCCAAAAGAAUGGAAGAAAGAGGCCAGCAAGGUACGACAAUACGAAGUCACUUGGGGUAUUGACCAGUUUGGACCUCCUAUGAUCAUUCACUUCCGCGUGCAGUACUAUGUGGAAAACGGCAGACUGAUCAGUGACAGAGCAGCAAGAUACUAUUAUUACUGGCACCUGAGAAAACAAGUUCUUCAUUCUCAGUGUGUGCUCCGAGAAGAGGCCUAUUUCCUGCUGGCAGCCUUUGCCCUGCAGGCUGAUCUUGGGAACUUCAAAAGGAAUAAGCACUAUGGAAAAUACUUUGAGCCGGAGGCUUACUUCCCAUCUUGGGUUGUUUCCAAGAGAGGGAAGGACUACAUCCUAAAGCACAUUCCAAACAUGCACAAAGAUCAGUUCGCGCUGACAGCUUCCGAGGCUCAUCUCAAAUACAUCAAAGAGGCCGUCCGACUGGAUGACGUUGCGGUUCAUUACUACAGACUGUAUAAGGAUAAAAGGGAAAUUGAAGCUUCUCUGAUGCUUGGACUGACCAUGCGGGGAAUACAGAUUUUUCAGAAUUUAGAUGAAGAGAAACAAUUACUUUAUGAUUUCCCCUGGACAAAUGUUGGAAAGUUGGUGUUUGUGGGUAAGAAAUUUGAGAUUUUGCCAGACGGCUUGCCCUCAGCCAGGAAGCUCAUCUACUACACAGGGUGCCCGAUGCGCUCCCGACACCUCCUGCAGCUUCUGAGUAACAGCCACCGCCUCUACAUGAAUUUGCAGCCUGUCUUGCGCCACAUCCGGAAGCUGGAGGAGAACGAAGAGAAGAAGCAGUACCGGGAGUCCUACAUCAGCGACAGCCUGGACCUGGACGUGGACCAGCUGGAGAAGCGGUCCCGGGCCAGCGGCAGCAGCGCGGGCAGUGCCAAGCACAAGCGCCUGUCCCGCCACUCCACCGCCAGCCACGGCAGCUCGCACACGUCUGGCAUCGAGGCGGACACCAAGGCCCGGGACGCGGGGCCGGAGGACAGCUACUCGGGCAGUGCCAUCCACCGCAAGCUGAAGACCUGCAGCUCCAUGACCAGCCAUGGCAGCUCCCACACCUCUGGCGUAGAGAGCAGCGGCAAGGACCGGCUGGAGGAGGACCUGCAGGACGACGAAAUAGAGAUGUUGGUUGAUGACCCCAGGGACCUGGAACAGAUGAAUGAAGAGUCUCUGGAAGUCAGCCCAGACAUGUGCAUCUAUAUCACUGAGGACAUGCUCAUGUCACAGAAGCUGAAUGGACACUCUGGGUUGAUUGUGAAAGAAAUUGGUUCUUCCACCUCAAGCUCCUCAGAAACAGUUGUCAAGCUUCGUGGCCAGAGUACAGAUUCGCUUCCGCAGACCAUAUGUCGAAAACCAAAGACCUCCACUGACCGACACAGCCUGAGCCUUGAUGACAUCAGACUUUACCAGAAAGACUUCCUGCGCAUCGCAGGCCUCUGUCAAGACACUGCUCAGAGCUACACUUUCGGGUGUGGCCACGAACUGGAUGAGGAAGGCCUCUACUGCAACAGCUGCUUGGCUCAGCAGUGUGUCAACAUCCAAGAUGCUUUUCCAGUCAAGAGAACCAGCAAAUACUUUUCUCUGGAUCUCACUCAUGAUGAAGUUCCAGAGUUCGUUGUAUAAAGUACGGCUGUGCAUAGGUAGCCACACAGGCAGCCUGCUGGAUGGAGGCUGGAGGCUGGAGAAGCCACGGGUUCUCUCUUUAAUUAUUGUGCCAUAUUUUCUUCACCCCACAACGUAGCUCUUUCUUUAUAUUUGCAAUGGAAGUAAAAGCCUUGGGACAAUUGCACUUUAAGUAUUACACAGAGAGAAAAGAACUACAGAGAAUGUACAGCAAGACAAGUGCCCAGAAGUUCAUGAUCCUUUGGAAGGAAAUGUGCUUUACUGGUUACCAAGCCUUCGGCAUAUUGAACUGUGGUGUGUUUCUCCGUCAUUUUGUUUUUCAAUUUGAUUAUACAACAUCACAUUUUUUUAUCAUGUGAAAGAUUUUGUUAAGUUGAUUUGUUUGCUUGUAAAAAAAAUUUUUUUUUGUCACUCCCUCAUGCAUAUGGUUUGAGGGAAGAGAGAAAGAAGAGUCUCUCCUUUUAACGGAAAGACCAUUGCCUAGUACAUAGCCAUUGCCGCCUCGCUGGGGCUGUCCCAAAGUGAACACUGAUGAAGUGGUCAAAAUCUUGUAGUUCUAGCAAGCCAAAGAUAUGUACAUAACGGAAACGCAGCCCAGGGCCAGGAAGACAUGAAUGAAGCAAUAACCAGAAGGCUAUGUGUGCUGUGAUGCCUUUGACUCAUUCACGCCUAGGCAGGGCCCUGUCCUCCUCCUGCUCUUCUCGAAACCUCUAGGACCCUGCUGCAUUUCUCAUCCAAGUAACCCACUAGUUGUGUUCAUGUCAUCAUGCAUUUUGUAGAGUUUACAAAACCAGUUUCUGUUGAAACUCUGGAAACGUCUUAGAAAAUGUUUGUGCUUGGUGUUUUGUUUUUUAAUCAAGAACAAAUUAUGGUAAUGCUUGUUUCUGUUUAACCAAAAUACCCUAACUAUACAUAUAUGUUAUACAUAUAUAAAUACCUGAGGUAGUGCGUGUUUAUAUGUGUUUAUAGCUUGCUAACUCUUCAUUUUGGCUUCCAUGACUGUUGUUGUGUGUAUCAUCUUUCUUGUUUAAUAUGGAGGACGUGUCACUGAAUGAAUGAUACCUACAGACAAUCAGUUAAUAUAUGCAGAGGUGAGAACGACUGUUUUCUCAUGUGUCUCUUGUGAUUCUCAACCCUGGUUGCACAACAGAAUUAUUUGGGGAGCUUUAAAAGCAAUAACUGUUUGGAUCCCACUUCAGACCAGUGAAAUCAGUCUGUCGCAGUGAGGUCCAGGUGGAAUUGCCUUCCCCUUUAAAGCUCUCCAGAUGGAGCCAGUAUGCUCCGGCGGUGAAAACCACUGCUCCAGAGGGUGUCUUUUUGUUAAUUUUGAAGUUAAGGUAUGCAGAGAAUGUCAGUGUUUGAGAAAGGGCCAUUUAUAAGGCUGUUACUGCCACCACUGUUAGGGUAUAUAAUGAACCAAGUCAGGAGAGUGAACUCAUUAACCUUUAGACGUGCAGUAACGAUGUUCGCACUUCGGGAGAGAACUCUCGCACAAUGUCUUUGUACAAGAUGUUUGUAAUGAUUUCGUAUUUUACGACAUUUGUUUACCAUAUUUUGAUACACCAUUUUUUCUAUCUGCCAGGUUUUCUUAAAAAAAAGAAAAGACUAUAAUUUUCUAAAGAAACAGUCAUAUUUUUAUACAAAAUUAAGUUUUCAGGUAACAAAGAAAUAGAUUUAGGGUACAGCAGAACAUGCAGUGCUCCCCAGGGAGGGGGAGCCGGACAAGCCUCACCCUGCUGCCCUCGGCCGCCCGCGUGCAGAGGGGCAGGCCAGUGUGGACACUGCAGCCCCGGUCAAAUCAGUUCAACCCGACACCUGGAAAAAGGAACAGAAGUUCUAUAGAGUUUUGUAGUCAUGCAAUUAUUUUGCUUUUAUCAAAAGUUUUAAAAGAACCAAAGUUUUCAGAUACCAGAAUGUACAAGUGUCUCAGUCUUCUGUAGGGAAGGGUAGAAGGAUCAUCCGAUGACAGCUUCCUGUAUAAGUAAGUCAUUAAAUAGUCCACCGUUUCUUCUAGAUGCUUUGAGACAGUUCCUAGGAAGAGCCCAGAUUAUAAUGUGGUGCAUUUCCUUGGCUCUUAGUGUUUCUUGUAAACAUUGAGGCAAAAGUAUAUUUAAUUAAGUAUGUAGUGCUUUAUUUUCUCUGUCCUUCAACCAGAAUCAGGUCUUCAGGGUUUUGCCAGCAUUGUUGGUGGGUUUGCACACCCUCUUUCUAAUUGGGUUUAUGAGUAGUCUUGUAGGUUUUCAAAAAUGAAACAUGCUAGGGAACAUUUUUGCUUUUUGAUCCUCUAUUUGCAGCAGAAUUAUAUAUAUGUAUAUGAAAAUCCAUUUUGGUUAUCUACAUUUUGUAUUUGGAAAUUGUUUUAAAAAAUAAAAAAGGAAAAGAAACGUAUGAAGCUGUUAUUUAUUCUGCAUUUGUUAAUGUCAUUGCUAAUCAGUGUGCCGGGUUGGUGUAUACUGCCUCAGCACAGCAACAUUUGUAUUUGCAACAAUGAGCUUUAUAUCUACAUAAACUGUAAAUAAUCCUUUCUGUGAAAGGAUCAUCAUAUCAGGAAGAUACCAAAAGUGUGUAAAAGAAAACUGCAUUAUUUUGUAAUGAUUUCUUAUAGGCAUUUCAUGGUAAGAUUAGCAGUCAAUAAAGUUACUUUUUAUUUGUCUUUAAA